AUGCCAUCCUAUACAAAAUUUCUGAAGGAAAUUCUUUCUGAGAAAAGAAGGCUGAAAGACUAUGAGACAGUUAUUCUAAUAGAGAAAUGUAGUGCCAUCUUGCAAAACAAGCUGCCUCUAAAGUUGAAAGAUCCUAGAAGCUUCUUUAUACCGUGCCCAUUUGGUAACAUGAACAUAGACAAAGCCCUCUAUGAUCUCAGCGCCAAUGUGAGCCUAAUGCGCUUAUCUAUAUGCCAAAAGCUGAAUGUUAAAGAACUGAGGCCAACUACUAUCUCAUUACAAUUAGUAGACUGGUCUAUCAAAUAUCCAAUUGGCAUCUUAGAGAACAUCCCUAUCAAGGUAGGCAAAUUUUUUAUUCCCGUAGAUUUCAUUGUCCUGGAAAUAGAAGAAGAUGUCCAAAUCCCCAAAAUAUUGGGAAGACCUUUCUUGGCAACCAUUGGAGCAAUUAUAGAUGUAAAAAAUGGGUGCUUAACUCUCAAAGUAGGAGAUGAAGAAGUGGAAUUCAACCUAUUUCAAGCAAUAAAGCACAAGUCUGAAUCUGAUGAAUGUUUAAGGGUUAACAUUAUAGACAAGCUAGUUGAGAAAGAAUUUUAA